AAAAAAAAUCAAAGAAAAAGUGAAAAGAGAAACGAGAAACGAGAAACGAGAAACGAGAAACGAAAGCAAAAGAAAAAAGAAAUAAGAAAGAAAGCGAAAAGAGGAAAAAGAAAAGAAAGACAUAAGAGAGAAAUGAAAAGAAAUAAAAGAAAGCUGAAACCAAACAUUGGAGAGCGGAAAUGA